AUGCCCUUCAAGACAUGGCUCACCGAGAGCCUCGGGAUACGCAUCCCGCUCGUGCAAGGCGGAAUGAUGUGGGUAGGGCGCGCCGAGCUCAUCUCGGCCGUGGCCAACGCAGGCUGUCUAGGCUUCCUGACGGCUCUCACGCAGCCUACGCCUGAGGCCUUGCGCGACGAGAUCCGCAGGUGUCGCGGCAUGCUCAGACCUGAUGCCGUGCAGUUCGGCGUCAACAUCACUCUGCUGCCGGCCAUCAAUCCGCCAGAUUACAUGGCGUACGCACGCGCGGCGGUGGAGGAAGGGAUCAAAGUUAUAGAGACCGCGGGGAACCCCGGCCCGAUACUGGGGUAUCUCAAGGCGAACGGGGUCACGGUGAUCCACAAGUGCGUGAGUCUGAAGCACGCGUUGCGGGCAGAGAAAAUGGGCGUGGACUGCAUCAGCAUCGACGGCAUCGAGUGUGCUGGCCACGGAGGAGAGUAUGACACGACGAGUUUGACUCUGUUGCCCCUGUGUGCAGAACAGCUGAAGAUUCCUUACCUGGCAUCAGGAGGAUUUGCCAACGGCAAACAAGUCGCCGCGGCAUUGGUCAUGGGAGCCGCAGGGGUGAACAUGGGGACGCGGUGGAUGGCGACUGUGGAAGCGCCCAUCCACGAAAACGUCAAAAAGGCAAUCGUCGACGCGACCGAGCACGAUACAGUCUUGGUGUUGAGGAAGUUCAGGAAUACAUCGAGACUGCACAAGAACAAAGUCAGCCUGGAGGUGCAUCAUAUUGAAAACACCAAGAAGGAUGUCAAAUUUGAAGACGUAGCGCAUCUGAUGAGCGGAAAACGAGGCAAAGGCGUGUAUGAAACUGGAGACGUGGAUACAGGAGUGUGGAGUUUGGGAAUGUGCGCGGGUUUGAUUCAUGAAGUCUUGGCCUGUGACGAGUUGGCGAGGAAGUUGAUGGGGGAUGCAGAGGAUGCGUUAAGCAGGGCGAGAGCGCCGACGCGGGUGGGUGAGACUGCUAGAUUGUGA